CAGCGCCCCGGCGGGCCGGCGCCAGCCGCGUCGGAGCUGUCGUGCACCGGCAUACCGCGGACGCCCCCCGCGCCCAGUCGGCGAGCCGCCCUGCAGCACGAACAGGCGCCGCAGCAGCUGCCGGCGCCGGCGCCGCCCACGCCGUCGCAGGCGGCGGGGCCGGCCGGCCACCUGGGGCCGCUGCCGCGCGGCCUCUCGCGCCGCGCACGCUCCGUCGACAGCGGCGGCCGCGAGCCCUCGUGGGACGAGGUAUCACAGACGUCAAGUACAUCUGGCUAUCGAGAAUCAUACACCAUGUUAGCUACAACACUGGAAAGCCCUCCGACUCCAGGAGCCGCAGUUGUGGCCGUUUCUGGAGGAUUGGUCCAUGGGCGAAGCUUCCCACCCCCUCUAGCGUCACCGGAUGCUCAUGACUUACCCUCCAGCAGUAGCGCUGCCACCAACUGUCCUUUAGCUGAAGGCAGCUCGCCAGAUUCAUCUACUCGUAGCCCUGGGGGCGAAGAAGUUGCUCUGCUAGGACGCAGAGAUCAUUCCGCAUCUCAGCACUCCCUCCUUAUGAUGUUUGACACUCAAGAUGAAGAUACACUGAUAUAAAGGUAGCCAUUCCCGUUCACAAGAUCAUGUUGAAAGAGAAAUUUAUAUUGUAAAGAGAAGUUAAUGUUAAUCUUCUCGUGUUGAUGUCUUUCAUAUUUAAAUAGAAAUGUAUUUUGUUUCACUUACGACUGUUUACAUCUGAGCAUCAUUUUAUUAGUUAUAUAAAUGAAUUUUUAUAAAAAGAAGAGAAUUUUAACAUGGAAUGAGAAGUGAUUAAUUAAUUUUUAUAGGAAAGUAUGAAUUCAAAUUAUACAUUUUCUUGUUGGUGAUUGAGAAUUGAAUGUAUUAAGAGUUAAAAUUAUAUGUUAAGUUGUUUAGAGGUAUAUUAAUGAAUCUGAAGGUGCAUUUCAUUUUAUUAAUCUGCAAAUGCCAUUUCUAUUUUGACCUUAAAUUAUUUAAUAUUUAAUGAAUUGUUGUAACUCUGCUGUAAAUAAAUGAUGCACAGGUGAUGAAAAUAUUUGUAAAGGACAUAGCAUAUUGCUUAUGAUUUUGUGUGAAUAUACUCAUAUCUGUUCCACAUAAAUAUAACAGAAAGAAAGAGUAGUUUAUAUGUGUUUUCAGAAAAUGUUCCUUUUGCUGAAUGUUUUGUGCAUGUUGUACCAUUGUAAAAAUGUAUGUUGUAUAUUAUCACCUAAUAUUUCUCAGUGUGCAAUAUGAAAUCACGAGUACAUAUUGUGGAACAUUUAUAUUCACUCUUCUUGAUGUGUGCAGGGAAUUAUUUAAUUUCAUAUCUGGAAAUCACUCAAACUCUCAUUUUGAUGUCUGGUCCAGUGUAACUGUGUCAUUUGUGUGUUAUAUGCAAAAAAAGUGAGUAGAUUACACAUAGGUAUUUUUUGAGUACAAAUUCAGUACUAUCUUACUACAAUUGCAUGUAUUUCAUUGAAAUUUGAUAUUGAAACCUCAGCUGAAAAUUUGUUCCUUUGUAGAUGCAAUGAAGAAGUGUUGAUCAGAAAAGUAAAAUUUUCCAUUUACUGAUCUUCCCAAAACAUCUUGAAUAUUAAAGGCUAAUCAGUACUAAAUGUAAUAUUUCAAAAAGAUAAACAUUAUUUUCGUUUUUUUCUUGUGAAUUUUCAAAACUAAAGGAAAUUGAUGUGACUGAAACUGUUGAACCAGGGCUAUUUCCCACAUGAUGUUUUCUAAGAACUGACAAGAAGACUGUAUUGCAUGAUGCACCAUGUGAUUAAAUGAUCUGAAAUAUGACUCGCUGUGUGAUGGAAUCAGGGAAGAAUGUGUUAAUGUUAGACAAUGAAAAAUAAAAUAUUUUUAUCAGAAAAUCAUUUUUGAUUUUUUUCUCUGAUUUAGUGUGUAUAUUCUAAUUGUUCCUGCUACUACUAUGAUAAAUACAUAGAAACAGACAUUUUCAUUGAAAGAAAUUUAUUGAAUAUUCACAUGGCAAAAGAUUCCAGUGGCGGCGAGUGAACAUAUGUUGAGGCUAGGCAAUAUAGAUUAGAUACUGAACAGUGAAGAAUUCCAGGUCGGAAGUAUGGGAGCCAAGUCGAACUUCAGUCCAACUUUUUUGUAAUUUUAUUUAAUUUAUUCAAAACAAUUGUCACAAUGAUAUCAUUACAUUCCAAUUAUUUUCAUGAAGCA